CUGCAAUCCGUACGUGACAUAGGUUUGGUUCAAGAUCCACAUGGUGAUGUCUUUUCGCGGUGACGGCUUCGUAUAAGCACCAUCCACCACAUCCUCUCUCUCUCUCUCUCCAGUCGGUUGAGAGAAACCCUCACGUUUUUCCUUGCAGAGACGAAUAGCUAGAGAAGAAGAAGAAAUGGCGAGCAACAAGGGCCGUCUGCUCUCGUCAAUCAUGAACCUAUCCGCUCCAAAACUAGGUCUUCCCUACACGAGACCUGAACCGGCGAGUCUCUCCGCUUUGAACUCGCUGGUUCGCCUCUUUUGCUCUUCGACUUGGCAUCCUCAACAACCACCACCGCCACAAGAUCAACAGAUCGAAUCUAACAAGCUAGAAGGAGAGGAAUCAGAAACCAAAGAACAGGUUCAAAACGGUGAAGUUGAAAAUGAAGACGACGGUGACGAAUUGGACUUGAACAAAGAGACCGGGGAGAUCGGAGGGCCUAGAGGCCCGGAGCCCACUCGGUACGGCGAUUGGGAGCGGAAAGGCCGUUGCCACGAUUUCUGAGAAUUCCUUUUACCAGUCGGUAACGGACUUGAUUUCGACUUUUUAGGGUUUCGAUUAUUUCGGUUGAUAGGAACAUUAAAUAAGAAUCUCGUUUUUUUUUUGGGUAAUUAAUAAGAAUCUCGUAUUGUUGUUUCUUUGUCGCUUUUUGUUUCCUUUUAAGUGAUAUCUAAAUCCAUAGAUUAGUAAAGGUGAAAAAAAAUUGAUGUAGUUGUUGCAGAUACAAAUGCUUUUUGGAUUUGAAUGUUAUAUUUUCCUUAGAAUUGCAGAUUCUGGAUUGUCGGUUGUAAAUUCUGGAUUACUAUCAUAAUCUGUGAAUGUGAAAAACUGUUUGAAUUAG